CCGCGCCCUGCCCGCCGCUCCGGCCCCGCUCCGGCGCCGCCUCCCUCGCCGAGAUGAAGGAGACUAUCAUGAACCAGGAGAAGCUGGCCAAGCUGCAGGCCCAAGUGCGCAUCGGUGGCAAGGGUACUGCCCGCAGAAAGAAGAAGGUUGUUCACAGAACAGCUACAGCAGAUGACAAGAAACUUCAGUUUUCAUUGAAGAAACUGGGAGUCAACAAUAUUUCUGGAAUUGAAGAGGUAAACAUGUUUACCAAUCAAGGAACAGUCAUUCACUUCAAUAACCCAAAAGUUCAGGCAUCUCUGGCUGCUAACACUUUCACUAUCACUGGCCAUGCUGAGACAAAGCAGCUGACAGAAAUGCUUCCUAGCAUCCUAAACCAGCUUGGAGCUGACAGUCUGACCAGCCUGAGAAGAUUGGCAGAAGCCCUACCCAAGCAAUCUGUGGAUGGAAAAGCACCUCUUGCUACUGGUGAAGAUGAUGAUGAUGAAGUUCCAGAUCUGGUUGAAAACUUUGAUGAAGCUUCGAAGAAUGAGGCAAACUGAACUAAGUUUUACUUUCUGAAUAAAACUGAAACUUGAAAAAGCUACAUAGAGCUGCUAUUUUAUAUUGUGACUGCUUUGAUCUAAUUUCCUGAUGAGAUCUCAAGAUCUAUCAUAUUUGGAAACUCCUUGAAUCUGCAGCUCCUUAGUUACUGCUUGUAUACCAUAUUAUUUCUGUGGCCCGAACAAACAUAUGCUUUGAAAUAAGUCAGAUUGCUAACAAAUUUCUGCCUACACGCAUUUUUUGAGUACCUUGUAUACAAGCAAAACCCUAUCUUUUAAUGAACUUUGACAUACAAUAAAAAUAUUAAAAAAA